UAAAAUCCUCUCUUUCUCUCUUUAAAAUCUGAACCCCGUAAGCAAGGCCUCUCUUUCUCUCUCUAAAAACGCGACUCUCUUCGCCCUUUUCCCCGCCUUUCUUCAAGCCGACAAACCUAAAGAUCCUUUCCCUUCCAAAUCCCGCCCUUUAAUUCGAGGGCAGAAGAAGAAGAGCGAUAACCAAAACCCCUCUCUCUCUUCCACCAAGAAAGAGGAACCCUAAUUGCAAAGCUGGAGAGAUACAGGGGAGAUCAACGCCCUCUAAACCAGGAGUCCAAGCACUCCAGAAUGCAUUCCAGAUCUCCUAGUAACGAUAUUGGAAGGUACCCACCUAUGGCUAGAGGUCCUCCUCCUCCUCAUCACCAAGCUUCCUCAAUGAAUAACCAUUAUCGCCCCAUGUCUUCUUUUGGUGGGUCUGCUCAGCCUCCUUCAAUGGCUGGCCAGAAACGCGAUAGUUCGGGCUUCUCGGUCCCUCUCAGAGGAUCUUCUCCUGAUUCUGCUGAUGGUGGUAAUUAUGCAAAACUUUUUAUUGGAUCUGUGCCUAGGACAGCUACGGAAGAAGAUAUACGGCCAUUGUUUGCUGAGCAUGGGGAUGUCCUGGAGGUUGCUUUGAUCAAGGAUAAGAGAACUGGUCAACAACAAGGCUGUUGUUUUAUAAAGUAUGCAACUAAGGAGGAAGCUGACAGAGCUAUUAGAUCUUUGCACAACCAACGUACUUUACCUGGGGGUUCAGGUCCCAUCCAAGUUAGAUAUGCAGAUGGAGAGCGUGAACGCCUUGGUGCAGUUGAGUACAAAUUGUUUGUUGGAUCACUAAAUAAACAAGCCACAGAAAAGGAAAUUGAGGAGAUCUUUGCUCCUUAUGGUCGUGUUGAUGAUGUGUACAUUAUGCGGGAUGACCUAAAGCAGAGUCGUGGAUGCGGAUUUGUUAAAUAUCCUUACAAAGACAUGGCUAUAGCUGCUAUAAAUGCACUGAACGGGAAUUAUGUAAUGAGGGGCUGUGAUCAACCAUUGACGGUUCGGUUUGCUGAUCCAAAGAGACCUAGAACUGGAGAUUCAAGGGGUGGACCUGCUUUCGGAGGUCCUGGUUUUGGUCCUAGAUCCCAAGGGCCUCAAGUAGCAAGGCCAAUGCCUAACCUUGGAGGCCAUCUGGGAGGGCGUAUCCCACCUAAUGCUUGGCAUCCUAUGAGCCCACAAAAUAUGGGGCCAUCUCCUCAGGCUGGUUCUUUGGGUGUCCUGGGGCCUCCAACGAAUGGUUCUCUCCAGGGACCUGCAAUCACAAGCUCCUCCACAGCACAGCCGGGUUUCCACCCUCCUUUGGCCCCAAUACCACAUAUUGGUCAACAACAACAAUCGCCAUUGCAGAAACCACUUCAAUCUCCGCAGCACUUGCCUUCUUCCUUGCAACUCCCAGUGAGUUCAGCAUCUCAACCCCAAACUUCUGUGACUUCUUCGCAACCGCUUGGCCAACAACUUCCAUCCCCUCAAUCUGUUGCCCAGCUUCCCUUUAGCCAUGCAUUGCAACAGCAGCAGUUAUUUGCAUUGGGCGCUCAGUUAUCUGCUUCUCAGCCUCUUCAUCUCCCGACAACAACACAGCCACUCAUUCCUUCUAAUUUACAACCUCAUUCUCUUGCACUCAAUGUAAACCAGCCGCAACAGUUGGUUUCUUCCACUAUCCAACCACAAACUGUGCAGCCCAAUCAACAAUCGCCAGCCCAACAUCAGGCACUUGUGCAACAUCAGGCAAUUGCCUCUCAGGCAAAUAUUCUCUCCCAACAGCAAGCAUUCUCUCAUUUGCAACAAUUGCAGCAAAGUCAAUUACAGCAGCAGACCUCCCAGUCCCAAAAGCUACAGUCAUAUUAUCAGGUAAUGCCAGCACAACUGGUGCCUCAGUCUCCAUGGACUGGAGUUGCACCACAAAAUAUGGUAAGCACACCUGCUGUUGCCACUGCUGCAGUUGCACCUUCAGCCAUAUCAGCCGUUCCAACUGUUCCUGUUAGUACCCAAUCAUCGGCCGUGCUUGUGACUACUUGUAACUGGACAGAGCACACCUCUCCUGAAGGUUACAAAUAUUACUAUAAUAGUGUGACCGGUGUGAGCAAGUGGGAGAAACCGGAAGAGUUUGCAGCCUUUGAACAGCAGCAGCAAACAGUGUCGCAGCAGCUUCAUGCACAACCACAAACUCAAGUGCAGUCAUCUCUUCAGCCUACACAACAAGUUUCCCCUGCUAAUCAGUUACAACCUCAAAACCAGCCGAGGCAGCAGCAGCAGCAGUUACCACAACAGCAGCCCAAUCCAUCUGCUCCAUACCUGGCUUCUGGUAUACUCGGUCAUCCAAAUAUUCAGGGAUUGAAUUAUAUGCAGUUGCAUGCGGCAGGUGCAACCAUGGAUCCCUCUCGCCUCCAGCAGGGCCUGCAAACUGCACAGGAUUUGGUGUGGAAAAGCAAACCAGCAGGUAACUGAGAAUCCAGACGCACAAGCACCAUAUUUGCUGAAGUUGGGAGGAGCAAAAGAGGGGAAUAGUGUCAUCGGGUUGAGGAAAUAUUUAGGAAAUUGUAAAACGCUUAUCUGCGUUGGCCCAAUAACAGUCUAGGGUUUUAUUGCCUCUCCUCUUGCUUUCUUCUUUCCCAUGUUUUUCUAGUGUUACAUAACAAAACACUGGAAGUUUUCCCUGUGAAUGAUCCCUAUGUAACAGUAGACAUUGACCGUUUAGGGUUAGUGUGCUUGAAUCCAUACAUUCUCUUUUGGAGUUAAACAAUUUAGGGUUUUAAUGAUAUAUUACCCCAUUUGGGUUUCAGUA